CCAUUGUUAUCAUGCUUUUGGAGAAAUGAGGACAUGAUCGAGGCGUUUGGAUGUGGUUGUGAGGGAUGGAUGGAAUUGUCAGGAUGUGUGUCUGCUUCUAGUGGGAUUGUAGUUGCCAUUGCUGGUUUCACGGUGUUGUCGAGUGCUGGAGGAUCCGAAAACGUACUACUUGGUUGUUGGUUUUUCUUUAGGGCUCUUUUUUACCUUGUUUUUUCCAUCAUCGUGGGCGGGUUGUGAACUUUGGUUGCUAGAUCUGACAGCGCAUAGAUAGAUUUGGAUGGUUCGCUACCUGCCUCAUAUACGACAUCAAUCGCUAGACAAAGUUCCAAGUUUAUCAGGCGCACCAUGAGCAGCUACCUACACGCCAACGUUCAUAUUCACCCAUGGCAGCGUUCCGUGCACAUCCCCGGUCAAACGGCCAUGCCUCCAGGCAUUUCUCACGAGCUCGCCUGGGAAAAGAGCUACCACCGAAGCGAAAUAGAUCCCUACCUGUUCCGUCCAAUUGGAAAGAAGCAUGUGCUUGCUGCUGGGAUUAUUGGAAAGCGGGAGGCAUUUUGCUUUGUGGACGAGACAGGUUGUGCACCUUGUCCCCCUGAACUGAGGAAAGUUGAAGAGCGCGAACGGAGAAAGCCCGCUGGACAGAUCGGUGUCAUGUCAAGAAAACCAGGACUGGGGGUUGGUGGGUGGGUUGGCAUGGGCGGAGCUAAGUUGGGUGUACAAAGCGGACAUACCAAACGGAAUGGUCAAAGGGAAGGAAGCGGAAGAGGCUCAAGGAAGGAAUCAAGCGUCGAGAAAAAGGAGCAAUCGACAGCAUCUGCAAAUGCUGAAAAUGAGAAUGGAUUCGCAGCGGCCAAUAUUCAACCCAGCAACGUUCCUGUGCACCAUCUGAAGACGAUUAACCCGACACAGCAAACAUUGAUAGACGAGGGAAUCUCGAAAGAUGGGCUUUUUCCCAAACUGCCAACCACGGCAGCUGGCCUUGUGACAGUCACAAAUCACAAAGAACUGGCUACCGAGAAUAUUAACAAGGAAGAUUCAAAGUCAGUGAAAGAAUCCACAUGCAAAGACAAACGAUCUAUUCUACCCAGCACAACAUUUAUUACUCAACAACAGGCAUGGAAAGCCUAUGGCAUGGGCACCAGUAAAACUAAACCCUCAAGUGUAAAUCAAGCGACACUUCCCGUCGUACCACAAUCGUCGCGGACAAAUGUUGUCAUGCCUGUCAUAGACUACCACCCUCGCCGGCCUGAACUUCAUCCGCUCAGACCUAUCCCCGCUCCAAGUCAUUUGCCAGUGUAUCACCAUAAUCUCCCGCCUACACCACCGGAGGCUACUGCUCCUCCCCAACGAUCCGUCUCCGUCCCUCGUAGUCAGCGAAUCACCGAAAAACAGCCUACAGAGCCGUAUCCACAGAUCUGGCCGGUGCCCACCACUCCAUCGACAGAAAUCGAACAGGCCCAGUCGGUAAUCAUGGAAGAGAGGGCGGCUAUGGCAGCUGGGACAUGGAAUCCUCGUACAUCGCACGGGGUGAAGGAUCGUGCGACAUACCGUGGACCCGACGCAGAGACCAUACCCGAUUCCGUUCCCAUCCCUCCUGUUACUAUUCAAGCCCGUGUCACUGUCACGCCGCCUACAACCCCACCGAAAUCUGCCAGAUCAAGCGCACGUCCUUUAGUCGAGCAAGGUCUCACUGGCGCUGCUGCUGCGUAUGUAAAGCAUGUUCAACUGGAUAAGCGUCUCCUGCGGACCUCCUACCAAAAAGACUAUGGGCCCUUCGGUGGACUGAUGGUCCCAUCCAAUACGAUUGGCGACGAUCUAAAGGAAACAGACAUGACUGAUCUCCAGAAGCAAGGUGAUGCAGUUACCGCAUUGAAGCCAUUGUGUGAAGGAUGGAUCUAUGGCGCACCCGGGCAGAAAGUUGUCCUCCCUAAAUGGUGCUUACCAGCUAACAAGCUGAGCACCAGGCAAAUCGGUGCAGAUCACCUUGGGACGUUUAUGACUGGUAUCGCGCCAUUGUCCAACUAUACCACCCGUUUGCACAAAUAAUGUAGAAUAGCUUAUAGCGACGCCAGGAUAGCUUUUAGGCAGGGUAGUCAGUGCAGAGCAGAUUCGAUAUCACUAGCGACUUGAUAUAGUUCAAUAAAUCAUUUCAUCAUGUUUUUCUUUUCCAAUGAGUGGUUGCUCGGCCCGUUGGCGUUUAAUACCAUGAUAACCAUGUGUUGACUUUGGUUCACGAACCAUUAUUUUAGAAUAGGG